AUGUCGGAGAAAUUCUCGCCGGCGCUGCGGCUCGCCGACCUGAACGACUUCAUCGCGCCCUCCCAGGGAUGUAUAGUUUCGCUGCAAGGGGGGAAGACGAAGCAGGAAAGAGUUGAGGUACCCCCACUCUAGAUUUUUGAUGGUCAACGUACGGUUUCACGGGAGAGUUGGCAUCAGAAUUGACCUAUCCGUGUAAUAUGGUUUCAUGGGAGAGUUCCCUUAUAUAUGGCAAAAAAAAAAACAUUAUUUCUUUGCGCAUAUGACUUCUUUAUUACUUUCUAGUUUUCGUGUCCUUAGUUUUUUUUUUUUAUUAUUGUCAUUUUUUAGAAUGCUGGUAGCAAACCACCUCAAACAGACCCCGUGAAAAUUUCGCUGAAGGACUGUUUGGCCUGCAGGUGAGAUCCCUUCCCUGUAGUUGUUUCCUCAUGUUUUGCGCUCUCAUAAUCUUCUGAGCACUUAAACUAUUUGAGAUCGUUUAAUCACUUUGGAGGUACAAGUAAUCACAGAAUGUGCAUGUAGCACGAUUUUUUUUUUUUUUUUUUCUAGAGAUUUAUAUGCCAAUUGUCUAAAUAACCAAUAUGUCACACAAAUUCUGGGAUUUGGUGAUAGUAUAGUAAUUACUUUCCUCUCAGUUUAGUAAAGGCUUUAAUGUUUCUCAUCAGAUACUUCUUGGAUUGCAUGUAUGAGGUGGUGAAAAUCUGUAGCACUUUUGUUUCAUAGUUAUUUUGAGAUAAACUAGAUGCUGCAUUCCUCAUGUUCGUUUGGACUAGGUCACUUAAUGGAGUCAUUUACUUCCUCUUUUUUGUUCCUUGUAUAUCUUUUACCUUACCAAUCAUCUGGCACAAGGACACGCCUGUUUCUCUGCUUUUGUUCUGUGAUGCUAAAGCUGAGUAUUUUUACAGUGGUUGUAUAACGUCUGCUGAGACAGUCAUGCUUGAGAAGCAAAGCCUGGAUGAGUUCUUAUCCCAGAUCAACUCAGAGAAGGCUGUCAUUGUUUCCCUUUCUCCUCAGUCAAGGGCUUCAUUAGCUGCUUACUUCAAUCUUUCUCCUUCUCAGGUGACAAAAAUAACAUCAUUCUUCAACUCAUACUCUUGUUUAUGUUUAGAUGUGGAAUUUGCGAUUCCUGAGUCAGGAGUGUACAGCAACUAGGAAUGAUUAUUUAUGAACCAAUAACCACAUGUGAGUAUUAAAUAUGAAUUGAUAAUAUGCAUUUAUAUCUAAAAAAUUAUCAUUUCCUUGUCUUUCCUAAAAUAUUAUGUCCUUGUUCUCGUUAUGCACGAUUUUGAAAAGCGGAUUAUGCAUAUAUUUUAACAAUAUACUCACGUAUUCUUCUAUGUAGCUAAAUGCCAAACACCUGUUUUUCGUUAUGGGGUUAAUACAUAUGCUGCAUUCCUGGUGCAGAGUAUCUUUGGGUCUUUUCCUUUUGUCUUCGCUUUCAGUAAAUAGGCUGGAAGUGAGUGAUCACUUCUAAAAUUUGGGUUGACAUGAGAGCCAGUGGUCAGUUGACCUGAAGGCUGGCCUUUACAGAUUUACUGUGAUACGGCUCUGAUUGAAAUUCUUGUAUACAUUAUGCACAUAUGCACAAGUGUUACUUGCAAAUACAAAGAUAGGCAAAGCUUAUCGAUGGCUGACGAUGGGUGACGAUGGGUGACUACUUCCUCUUUUGGGAAUGUAAAAUGUGACUGAGGUUUGGAACCCUUCCCUGGUUGUGAACUUGGACAACAAACUCCUAUUGAUAAGCAAUUCCUCUUUCAUCUUCAGGUUUUCAGGAAGCUGACUACUUUCUUGAAGGGUAUGGGUGUAAAGGCCGUUUUUGAUACAAGUUGCAGCAGAGAUAUAUCACUUAUUGAGUCUUGUAACGAAUUCAUUUCAAGAUAUAAACAAAAUCACGUGAAUGAUGGACGGGAACAUGGGUCAUCCAUUCCUAUGCUUUCAUCAGCAUGUCCAGGUGCUUGUACACGAUGGUUUGUAUGAAUUGUUAUCAGUUCAUCCGAAUUAGUUUCAAUUAGUUCAAGAAAAAGUUUAAUGCAUAAGGAAUUUUGCUUCAUGAUCAUAUUUUGUUAUCUUUUGGUUUACCUUAAACCAUGACACAUCUAUUUCAAAUUCCAAGUUAAUGAUUUCAUAAGUUCUUAUCUAAUCCUUAGACAUGGGAUACUUUUUAAUCAUCAAGUUAUGUGGUAUGAUUUGUUUAUAAUUUUCAAUCAAAUUGUUUUCAGACGGCUGCAUGAGUUCAUGAAGAUUAAGCACAAGCUGUUGAUAAACAUUCAUAGUGUUUAAUUGGUCCAUUCACUGUAUGCAUAUAAUUUUCAGAAAGUAAAAAUUUGACCAUGAUUUUUUAAUGGAAAGAUCGCUUGGCUGUUGCCACUAAAUUUAACUGGGAUAAGUGGUCCAUAGAGACACCACUUCAUUGCAAGUAGUAAAGUAGGGGUACACUCGUAUGACCUAACCCAAGAGAGAAACAUAAAACAAAGUGUGAUAUGGCAUUUUAGUUCAGAUACAAAUAAUGAUGGUACAGCCGAGGAGAAAAAUCGAGGGAUGAAACUCUAUUCAAACUUAAUGCUGAAUGUGCAUCUACAAUCCGAUGCAUAUAGGAAGCUGUGGAUAACAUGCUGAUGCGAGCACAGAAGAAAAUGUGAGGUGACAAUCCUGUUCAAGUAUUAGGUUGAUUGUUAAGCCUUGGUCUGUGGGGAAUUUUCUGUUCCAUUCAGCUAUAAUCCAAACAUGAGGUGCAUCUGUCUGCACAACAGUGGAAUUCAUCUAAUUUCUGCAAAUAUGAGUUAACUAGUUGGGUACAACUCCUUAGAUUCGUCACAUGAAUUUUCUGUUCCAUCACACAUAGCAUGAGGUAUGUCACACUAAGAUGGAUCCCAUCUACGACCAUAACACAAAUAGUGAGGUCAUCACCAUGAAACGCUGCAUAUUUUGUGUGAAUGUCAUCAUUAUCACAGUCCAUUUGAGGCCUGUGUAAAAUAUCUCACCAUCUUUGAACUAUGAAUAAUUACCAUUGGGGUGCAUUGAAGGUAGUUAAUAAUAUGAGCAAUGAGUUUUUGAAGAAUGUCACCGUGAGCUUUUGAGAAUUGUGUGCCAUGUUGUUUGUGUAGCAGUGAGUUUGUCUAUGUCAAAGGGUCUGUAUGAACGUGCUAUCUUGCAUUUCUUUGAGGGGUAUUGUAUGCUUCAUUGAAUGAGAACUGAAAGUAGAUAGCUUACUUUUCUUGCCUGUUCUCAGUUACUUAUUUCCGAGAAACGACAAUCACCCUUUAAGAUUAUUUACUUUUAAGAUCUUGAGAUCCAAUUCUGAAAGGGUUAUGCUAGAUUAACCUGUUGAAUAUAUUUUCCUCCGUUAGAUAGAGCACUUUAAAAAAGAAGAUAUUAUUGAUUUUAGGUUGGAUCUGUUAUGCUGAAAAGACACUUGGAUCAUAUAUUUUGCCUUACAUUUCUUCCGUGAAGAGUCCCCAACAAGCAAUGGGAGCUGCAAUCAAACAUCAUAUCUGUGAGAAAAUGGGGAUUAGGUCUGUUUCUUCACUCAAAUCCUCACGUUUUUUCUUUUACCACGAUCGAAUUCACGAAGAAUUAUGGCCUUGAGUUGGAUCCCACUUUUCCAUUUCACUUUUUAUUCGAAAUUUAUGUGGGCCAUAUUUUUCUACAUGUACUUUAUAAAAUAUAAAAAAAAAAAAAAAAACUAGAGUUACUAAGGUGUCCACUCUCACCUACUUACAUACAGAGAGGAGAAAGGAGCAAUACACAUAAAACUUAAUAUGAACCUAGUAGGCCCACGUUCCAUACCACUCACUAACAUCCUAAGGCUUCUUUACAUUACAAAAUCUUUUCUCAUAGCAUCUAAUUGACUAUGUUCCGUUCUACAUUGACAUAAACAUAUAGUCUUCAACAGUGGAUACCAUGAUUCACUUUUCUCCAUUAUAUGUACCUAAGAAAUUCAAAAUUGGGGAUUGAUUAUGUGCCUGUAUUUUUCUUCCUUUAUGACGAUAUUCAGAGAGAUCUAAGAUCCAAUACGUGUUAAUAUAAUCAGUCACAGGUGCAAACCCACAUGGUUCACUUAAGAACAAGUCUAAGACCCUGUCAGAUUCAAAAGUUCUGAAAGCUGUGUCUAUGAACGCAUCCAAGAGUUGGUGGAAUGUUUAGAGUACUGAAGGUCGAGGAUGAAGUUGUUGUGGGAGAAUGUUUGUAGAUUAGCGGAUUAGAGGGGAAAAACAAAAGGAAAAUGGCCCAGUAUGUGAUAAAGAGAGAUAUUGUGAUGUUUAUACCACAGAAAAAUCUAGACACGCUUUCUAAACCGGAGGUUAGAUGUCUGGCGAGAAGACUUCUGCUAACUUGGAACACAACAACACUUGAAAUAGGGGAUUCACCCGGAGGUUGUCCCUGGUGAACUUAUAAGGGAGAAAUCCUAUCUCAUUCUGAAUGAUAAGGAAACAGAGAACUGGUCUACAUUGGACUCACUUGGAUCCCGGCAUUCAGCCUACUCUAGGCUUUGCCAAUACUCUAGUAGUUCGGCAAGAGGAAUGUUUUUAGAACAAGAAAACGAAAAACAUUUGAUGUUACCCGCCUAAGUGGGAUAUAAAAGAAUCUGACUUGGCAUGAUAACUGUAUCUCAAAUAUGUCAAAGUAUACUUUUAUGCAUGUUAUUAUUUCAGUCAGGGUUGCCUGGUUCCCCCUUCAGGUCAGCUGGCUUGAUGACUGAUUGGACCAUGGUCAUUUUGGAUCCUGCUUUCCCUUUGGAUUAGCUGAAUUGUCUGUUUUUUCGUCUUUUUGGUUCAGAGGGGAGGGAUGCUAGGAGUUCAGAUAUUCCAUGAAUAAUCAUAUUGUAGUAGGCAUGGUGGACUGUAAGUACUACAUAAAUCAAAUUUUCUCUGCUGGCGGUGAUUUUUACACUCCACAGAAACAGAUCGACGCAAGAAAAACCUCCUUUAACGACUUAUGUGGCUGACAAAUCAUUAAGAUUUCAACAGUAAAAUACUAUUGUCUCCGGAUGUUACAUUACUCUAUAUGCAUGGGAGUAAUGGUACUUACAUUUUGUCCAAAUCAACUAUGUAUUUAUGGGGAAAUAAGAUUUUCAUGGGAAGGCAUGGCGGUGGAACACUUGACUGUCAGAGAAAUCAUGUGCCCUCGAACUGUUUCAAAUUUCGUUGACCAAAUGAUGCUGGGGAGAAAGUGAAUGAGACGAGCAUCCGUUUCUGAACCAAUGGUCCUUGUAACUGAACCCUAAAUCUUGGAUUAAAAGUCAUUUUUUUUUCUUGAAAAUGCAGUAAAAUAUCUCCUGUUCCCCCUGGUAUUGACUAGACUUUUCUUAUCCCCCAAAGCCUCAAUCUUGGAUUAAAAGUCAACUUCUUCUUGAAAAUGCAGCAAAACGAUAUCCUUUAUGAUAUAUCUACUGUUCCCUUGGUAUUGACUAGACUUUUCUUUGGCAAUCAAUCAGACAAUUCUUCCCAGUUAUUCCAUACCUACUACCUUCGAGUUUUCUUCUAUCUUUUUCUUCGAUGAGUGCCACCUCCGAAUUUCUGCACAAAGUCCUUUCAACAGUGUGGCAUGUGACUUCCUAAUCAUGUGCAAAAGUCAACGUGAGCUAAUAUUUUAUGAAGUGGGUGUGCAUAAUUUCUAGCCUCCAUGAAUCAGAGCCUUGACCAUAUUGCCCGGAUGAUUUGGACCAUGUUUUCUAGGCCGGAAAGCAUCUACCAUGUGACCGUGAUGCCCUGUUAUGACAAGAAGCUCGAGGCCGCAAGGGACGACUUUGUAUUCUCGGUUGACCAUGAUGGAGAAGGUCGCCUCACCCCCGCAGAGCUGAGGAUCCCCGAGGUUGACUCAGUGCUAACAUCUGGGGAAAUCUUGGACCUAAUACAGGUAACGAAGCCCUCUGCCUGUGUAAUCUCCUUGCAUCUGGAACCGCCUAUCAGGGCCCUCACCACCCGUUUGACCUCCCGCGCAGUCGAGCUCAGUUGACUUCGAGUCCCUGGCAGAAGCUCCUCUGGAUAAAUUGUAAGUCUCCUGUGCACCUGGGCUCUGUCUCCUCUUUCUGGUCCCCCCCCAUUUCUAGCCCAGAGCGAAUUUCCCGCUUUAUUUUUUUGGAAUUAUCAUGCUGCCUGCUGUUAUUUAUCAUCCUGGUUUUUCUUAUAAUUUUCCCAUUGUACGUACAUAUAUCCAUUUUUUUAUCUUGCUGUGAGCGUUGACCAUCGCACCCGCUCGUGGUCUGUCAAUAAUUUCCACUUAAGUGGUCGAGUCUUCCUUCAACAUGCAUACCCAGUGAUGAUUAAUUAAUAAGUUCAAUAAGUUCCUGCCUUAUUUUUGGAAUUAUCAUGCUGCCUGCUGCGGUUUAUCAUCCUGAUUUUUCUUCUUCCAGCAAAGUAAUUUUCCCACUGUACGUACCUAUAUCCAUUUUUAAUCUUGCUUUGACCGUUGACCACCACGGACUACGUGUGGUUUGUGGUGGUCAACGGUCAGAGUCAGUGAUGAUUGAUAAACUCCGUAAGCUUAAUGAGCUCGGUGAUGGAUCUCCUGGCCCUCUUUCUCCAACAUGUCGACCGAGGUGUUUUUUCUUUCUGUCAUGUGAUGAGGUGUUCCAGGCUGACCAACGUUGACGAGGAAGGUUGUCUCUUUGGGGUCAACGGCGGCUCUGGCGGCUAUGCCGAGACGGUCUUCCGCCACGCAGCUAAGAAGCUAUUCGGGAAGGAACUCCCGGGCCCACUCGACUUCCGAAUCCUCCGCAACGCUGACCUCCAAGAGUUGACUCUAGAAGUAGACUUCAUAUUCAUAUACCUCGAAAAUUCUUUUUUUUCACUUUUUUUUUCUUUUGGUUGACUUUUGGGCCGGAUGUGGGGGUUGCAGGUGGAAGGUGAGGUAGUCCUUCGGUUUGCUCUCUGUUAUGGGUUCCGAAACCUGCAGAAUAUCGUCCGGAAGAUCAAGAUUAGGAAGUGUGAUUACCACUUCAUCGAGAUCAUGGCUUGCCCUUCGGGUAUUUUUUUUUUUUUUUUUUUCAGAAGCAGAUAAAUCGAGUAAAUUCAUAGUCCAGAUUAUGGGGGUUCCUUAUUUCUUCUCAUCCUUUUUCUCGCAGGCUGCUUGAACGGCGGAGGUCAACUCAAACCGAAAACGGGUCAAACCGUCAAAGAAGCCAUCCAAUCUCUGCAAGUCCUAUACAUGCAAGAUGUGAGUGUUAUAAUUGUUCCAUGGUUUUUUUUAAUUUUCUAUUUUUGGUUUUUCCUCCAAAAAAAAAAACCUUUCAAGAAAAAAAAAAUUGGGCCGUUGAUGGUCAAUCCUACGGUGUAUAAUUAAUCACCUCUGGCUCAUGUAUAAUGCUUUCUUACUCCUCUCUCUCUCUCUCCCUCUCCUCCAGGUGGCAGUUGCUGAUCCCUUUGAUAACCCGAUCGUGAAGGGUCUCUACGAUGAGUGGCUCAGAUUUCCCGGGUCUGAGACGGCCAAGAAAUACAUGCACACCGGGUACCAUCCGGUCCUCAAGAGCGUCUCCUCCAACCUCCAAAGCUGGUGA